AUGGUGCUCAGAACAUCUGGCAGGAUUUGGACACCCAGCUACCUCCUGCUCUGCCAGAUGAGUUGCUUGGUUGGAUUAUGCUGCGCCGCUCCGGCCUGAACCCCACGCAGCGGCUUAACGUGCUUUCCGCCAUCCAGAACUCCCUGAAGGCGGAGGCUGUCGAGAGGGGACUUCGAGCAGCAGAAGAAGAGCUCAGGUUCAUGGAGCGCGAUUCUGGAAAAGGGCAUGGUGGUGGAAAAGGACGUGGAGGCCGCUCGUUCUGGGUGGAGCAGGACGGUCAGUGGGGCAUCUUGCUGAGCAGCGAAGACAUUUUUGAGGACAUCACCGACCAGGCGAGCAUCCACUGGGUUGAGGCUCCAUCUCAUGCGCCAGUGGAGGAAGCUUUCACAGCGGAACUUGCGGUGGACCCCUACAUCGAGCAGUUCUGGAAUCAUGAGGAUGACGGAGCCUACACCCUGUGGAAGCAAGACCCGAUGGACGGUGAGUACUACUUCCAGGACGGCAACGGUGUGUUUUGGUCCUGGAGUCAGUGGGAGACGGAGGCAGCCUGGUGGGCGGCCACCCCGGAGGAGCAGAAGCAACAGACCGACGCCGCCACCUUCUACCAGGACAAGCCGCGGACCUUUUCCCAGGCCCGGCAGCUCAUGGCAGCCAAAGGGGCCUCCCGAGGCUGCUAUGGCAAGGGCAAAGGCAGUGCUGGCAGCUACGACCACUUCUACUCCUUCGGCACCGGAAAAGGGACAGGCAAGACCUACGGCAAGGGCCACGUCUCCUUUGCGGACCAGGUCUUCUCUGUGGACGAAGUGGAAGUGGAUGAAGAUGAUUGGGUUAAUCCCAACUCUGCAGUUCGUCCUCUGUUUCCUCCUGGUGAACCUUAUCCAGAAACCGAGACCGAAGACGGGGACAGUGCAGUCGGGCCUGCCUCCCCAGCUCGUGGGGCUCCAGCAGGAACCCAGCCAGAUGGGGAGACCUUUGUGGUUGAGCCUGACUCUCCAGCCCGGAUGACUUUUCCCGGAGGUCACCCUGGUGGAGAGUCCAUCUCCCCCGCUCCUGCAGUCCCCGGGAUCAUCCUCAUGGCCAUUCAGCACCCAGACGUGGAAGGUUUCGGCGUUCUGGACACGGGUGCCACGGAGACAGUGGCUUCACUUGGCGCGGUCGAGAAGAUCUUGGAGGGCCGCCGCUUGAACGGGUUGAUCAAUGAGCCUGUGUCCGUGGUACCGCAGGAGAAGAAGUGCUUUCGUUUUGGCAAUGGGCAGAGGCAGUUCUCCGAGUCCUACAUGCUCCUGCCCCAGACGGUGGGUGGACAACUCUUUCACUUGGGUGUCUACACCUUGGACGCGGCGAUCAUUGACCUUGGUAAGAGCCUCAUUGUCAUGAAGGCGGUGGAUCCCUACCUGGUGAUUCCCCUCAUCCGAUCCACCACCGGUCAGCGGGACAUCCACGGCGUUCAACAGCUCAUCUAUGGCAACUUCCUCUGA